AUGUCUACCGACUACAAGUUCGAGGGCUGGAUGGGGCUCGACGCCUCCUCCAUCGAGGGCAAGAUGCAGUGGAAGGAGUUCGAGCCCAAGGCCUGGGAGGAGACCGACGUCGACAUCAAGAUCACUCACUCUGGUAUCUGUGGUUCCGACCUGCACACCCUGCGCAGCGGAUGGGGCCCCACCAUGUACCCCUGCUGCGUCGGCCACGAGAUCGUCGGCGAGGCCGUCCGCGUCGGCUCCGAGGUUAAGCACAUCAAGGUCGGCGACCGCGUGGGCGUCGGCGCGCAGGGCGAGUCCUGCACCGGCCGCAAGGGCCCCUGCGCCGAAUGCGCGGCCUCCAACGAGCCCUACUGCACCAAGCAUUUUGCCGGCACCUACAACGGCGUCUUCAUGAACGGCGACAAGUCCUACGGCGGCUACGCGCUGUACAACCGGUCCCCCGCGCACUUCGCCGUCAAGAUCCCCGAUGCCAUUCCCUCCGCCCACGCGGCGCCCAUGAUGUGCGGUGGUGUCACCGUGUACUCGCCGCUGAAGCACUACGGUGCUGGGCCCGGCAAGACCGUUGGUAUUAUCGGUAUUGGUGGACUGGGACACUUUGGUGUUCUCUUUGCGAAGGCGCUCGGUGCGGAUCGGGUUGUUGCGAUCUCGCGCAAGGCGGAUAAGCGCGCUGAUGCGUUGAAGCUGGGUGCUGAUGAGUAUGUUGCGACGGCGGAGGAUACCGAGUGGAUGGCCAACAACAAGCGCUCUCUUGACCUGAUUGUGUGCACGGUUUCGAGCUCCAAGAUGCCGAUCAACGACUACGUUGGUCUGCUGAAGGUUGAUGGCACCAUGAUCCAGGUCGGUGCGCCUGAGGACGGAGCGCUUACGAUCCCUGCGUUCACCCUCAUUGCCAACCGGGUCAAGCUUGGGGGCUCGCUUAUUGGAUCUCCUGACACGAUCCGGGAGAUGCUGGAGCUGGCCGCUGCCAAGGGCGUCAAGCCUUGGGUUGAGGAGCGCCCGAUGAAGGAGGCCAACAAGGCGAUUGUGGAUAUGGAGGCUGGUGAUGCGCGCUACCGCUAUGUUCUGGUUAACGAGCAGUAG